CGUGGAAUGGAUGCUGCAUAAAGUGGGUGAAAUUUCGUGGAAUGGAUGCUGCAUAAAGAGGGUGAAAUUUCGCGUGGAAUGGAUGCUGCAUAAAGUGGGUGAAAUUUCGCGGAAUGGAUGCUGCAUAAAGUGGGUGAAAUUUCGUGGAAUGGAUGCUGCAGCUUAUUUUCUGGUCGAUACAUACGGCAUUUCCAGCCAUGACUGUCAAAAAAGAAUACCGAGCACAGUCGACAGGAGAAAUGCUUCUUUUUUUAGUAUACUGGUUGCUUAUAGUAGUACAUGUACUGCAUUGCGGAGCAGGCAGCCUUGAGAAUUGUACAGAAACAAGAUGCAACCACCUGGGUCCAGCCAUCCGAUUCCCAUUUCGAGUCAAAGGUAGGCAGCCAAGGCAUUGCGGUUAUAAGGGAUUUGAUCUAUCAUGCACCAAUGACAACCAGACUCUGCUUGAGAUCCCAUCGUCAGCUUAUAAUAAGCUCUUCGUGUAUAUGAUCAACUACACAGAUCAGCGAAUUAAAAUUUAUGAUCCAAAUGGUUGCUUGCGUACUCAGGUUUUGAACCUCAGCUUAUCUUCUUCUCCCUUUGAAUCUAAAUCCAGGGAUUGCACCACAUUCAGUUGUCCAUCGUCAAUAGAAAGAGAUCGUCAUUCCAACAUUUCUGGCUGUCUGGUGAAACUGAGCUGUCUUGGCAAUAAUCCAGGACACCAGAUUUUUGCAGUACAUUCUUCAGAUGAUUGCUCCAUUGAUUCCUUGCCUCUAUUGUCUUGUACCAAGGUGCGUGACUACUCAUCAGUUCCAUCCAUUUUGCCGGAGGACAAUAUUCGGAAUUUAUCCACCCAAAAUGACAUUCUGGACUUGUACUGGUCCAUACGAUCAUGUGACUAUUGCCAAAGGAUGGAGAAGAAAUGUCGACUACAUUACAAAUACCAAUCUGUUGGUAGAGAAUUUGAAUGUUAUCUGCCUCUGCCUAAGCCACCUCCACCUAAAGGUUCUCACAAUGGAAGGGCAAGCUUAAAGGUACUUGGUAUUUCGACACUUUCUGUGGUUGCUAUUGCAAUGCUGAGUGUGAUCUACUAUUUUUAUAGCUCUAACAAAACAGAAAAAGAAAGUCAGAGGAGAAUUGAAAGAUAUUUGGAUGAUUACAAAGCUCAAAAGCCAAGUAGAUAUUCCUAUGCUGAUAUCAAGAGGAUUACAAAUCAAUUCAAGGAAAAGUUGGGCCAAGGGGCCUAUGGUUCAGUGUUUAAAGGAACACUUUCUACGGAAUUACUUGUUGCUGUGAAGAUCCUCAACAAUUCAAAUGAAAAGGGGGAAGAUUUUAUAAAUGAAGUGGGAACAAUGGGUCGAAUUCACCAUUUAAAUGUGGUUCGUAUGGUUGGCUUCUGUGCUGAUGGAUAUAUUCGAGCUCUUGUUUACGAGUUCUUACCAAAUGGUUCACUGCAGAAUUUCUUGUCAUCGGCUGAUGAUAAGAGCUCUUUCCUUGGUUGGGAUAAGUUGCAAGAAAUUGCCUUGGGUAUAGCCAAAGGAAUUGAAUAUCUUCACCAAGGGUGUGACCAACGAAUCCUCCAUUUCGAUAUCAAACCCCACAAUAUUUUGUUGGACCAGAAUUUUACACCAAAAGUCUCUGAUUUUGGUCUAGCAAAGCUGUGCUCUAAGGAUCAAAGUGCAAUAUCCAUGACUACAGCGAGGGGGACUAUUGGUUACAUAGCGCCCGAAGUGUUCUCUAGGAACUUCGGUAAUGUCUCCUAUAAGUCAGAUGUCUAUAGUUUUGGAAUUUUGUUGCUUGAAAUGGUUGGAGGGAGAAAAAAUUUCAAAAUCAUGGAGGACUCCACAAGAGAAGUCUACUUUCCAGAAUGGAUCUAUAAUCUUUUAGAACAAGGGAAUGACCUACGGAUCCAUAUUGAGGAUGAAGGAGAUGCUAAGUUUGCUAGAAAACUUGCAAUUGUGGGUCUUUGGUGCAUUCAAUGGCACCCAAUAGAUCGUCCUUCGAUGAAAGUUGUAGUUCAAAUGUUGGAAAGAGAAGGUGACAAUCUAACCAUGCCUCCCAAUCCCUUUUCAUCCACUUCGAAUUGAUCGAAUGACAAUAAAGUUGAAGCAGGUGGUAGUAAAUACCAGCUUACCGUACCUCUUGAAGCUAUAUAUGGCACUUCCUUGAUCACUCUCCAGUCUCCACAUGUGAAACUGCUUUUUACUGCACCUUAUUCUACGGUUUUUUUGUGUUUCAUUUUCCUGUUGUAUAAUGUGCUUAGUGUGUGUACUAGUACACGUUACUGUGUUUAUUAUGAUUUGUAUCAAAAGUUUGGUUAUAUUUAUUCGCAUCCUUGGUUCAUCUUCUGACUAUACUUGUGGCA